AUGGCAAGGUGCCCCAAACAGAGGAAAAAAGCCGUCAUUGCGGCAGUGUCCGCAUAUUUGGAGCUCUUGUUCAAUUUCAUCAAUCUCCUUCUACGAUAUUAUGAGGCAUUAGAAUCUGAACAAGAGCAGGCCGUAGAACAUGUUUCAUCUUGGGAGACACCAAUUGCUAGACAAUUAGCUAGGAAUUCUUUUAUGCGGUGUAUCGUUUCUCAUGGCGACAUAUCUUGCACCAUGCUUGUUCGAAUGAAUUGUAGGACUUUUCAGAAGCUUUGUAUGCUUCUUAGAGAUGAGGGAGGACUUAGGUGUAGUUGGAACAUUGAGAUAGAUGAAAUGGUUGCGAUCUUCCUCUACACCAUAGCCCAUAAUGAGAAGAAUCGUCAACUGCAAGCUACCUUCCGCCGUUCAGGAGAAACAAUUUGUAGGGUGAUCAAAUUGGUCCUGCGUUCGGUUUUGAAACUUCACUCUAUCCUACUUCGUAAACCCAAGCCGGUUCUCCACAAUUCUGACGAUCCGAAAUGGAAGCACUUCAAGAAUUGCCUAGGGGCUCUAGAUGGUACAAUUGUCAAUGUACGUGCAACGAAAGAGAAUCAAGAAAGAUACCGUAAUCGUAAGGGAACGAUUGGAAUGAAUGUCCUAGGUGUUGUUGAUCAAAAUAUGGAGUUCAUUUAUUGUUUGGCUGGUUGGGAGGGGUCGGCUCAUGAUGGGAGGGUUUUGAGAGAUGCACUUAUUAGGCCCAAUGGUUUGAAGGUUCCUAGAGGUUACUACUACUUAUGUGAUGCUGGUUACAGCAAUUGCGAAGGGUUCCUAUCUCCUUUUCGAGGUCAACGUUAUCAUCUAAAAGAGUGGGGUGGUAGACGACCAAGAAGUCCUGAAGAAAUUUUUAAUAUGAGGCAUUCAACAGCAAGGAAUGGUGUAGAACGAGCUUUUGGCAUACUGAAGAUGCGUUGGGCAAUAUUGAGAGAAACCACUUGGUUUUCAACCAAAAUGGUCACAAAAAUCGUCAAUGCCUGUUAUCUGUUGCACAACUUUAUUCGUGGAGAGAAUGGUGCUGAUGUGUUUGAGCGUUUGUACGUUGAUGAAGACCCAGAUGAAGAAACAGAAGAUGUGGACGAGGAUCUGAUACUCCAUAUUCAACCUACAGUCGAGUGGUCAGAUUUUAGACAAAAUUUGGCUCAAGAGUUAUGGGCUGCUAGGAGUUGGAUUACUAGUUGA